AUGGCAACUACACUCAUGUCUCCUCACGUAUGGCCAUCAAGCGCCAUACCCAUUCCAAAGCCUUCAAGGCUAAGGCUAGAUAACGAUGGUGACAACAAGAACAACAACGCCAAACAAAGCAAUAGUAAUCUAAGUCAGCCUGGAUACCCAACAACACCUUCAUUACAAUCCAUAAUUGAUCAAAAGAAGUUCUCAAAUGGCUCUAUCAAAUCAAAUGUUUCAUCAAAUUCAGUACCUUCCCUAAUAUCAACAAGUUCAAGUUACGAGUCUUGUGAUUCUCAUCCUUUAGAUUCAUUCAACACUUGGGAUGACAUAGAUGAAAACUUCUUUUGUCAAAAUGACACUAGUUUCAAUGAUGACUAUGAUAACAAUUAUACUUUCCAACCUUUAUCUCCAAUUGAACCUGUUCAACAACAAAAACACAUUACUAAAAAGGCAAGCUUUGUUUCAAAUUUGUCAUCUUCAAUCAAAUCAUUUGCAAAUUCAACAAGACAUAACAAUGAUAUACUAUUUGACAUUCAACCUCGCUUAACUGAUGAUAAAUUACCAAAAAACAUCAUCCAGAAGCAUAGAGAUACUGAAUUACAAACUUUUAAAGUUACUUCAAAAAAUUCAUCAUUACCAACAUCAUCAUCAUCAACUUCAACCCCAUCUAUAUCUAUUUUAAGAAACCGUGAACCAAGAAUCAAUUCACAAUUCCUAAGACUAUAUUCAUAUGAAUCAAAUUCACGUAAAAAGGGUAUAUUACCAGAAGUUACACACUUGGAUGAAGAAGAUUAUUUACAAAGACAACAAUCAUCAUCACCAAUAAGUAAUUCAUUAGAUCCAAAUCGUGAUUUUGCAAUGAUGGUUCGUCAAAGAUUAUGGCAAUGUGUUGUUUUACCACCAAGGGAAGAUUUAAAUCUAUCUUCAAACCCUGAAUACGUUUAUGCUGGUGAAUCUGUUGAUGAAAAUAAUGAUGACCAAGAAGAAUUUGUUUCUUUGAUUAGAAAAAAAGGUAAUGUUAAACCUUGGAUUAAAUUAGAGGAUGAAGAAAUCUCCAAGAUGAAGGUGUUAAGACCUUGUGGAGUGCUGAAUAAUGAUACCCAAUUUACUGUUAAAGGUUGGUGUAAUGAAAGAUGGUUACCUCGUAGUUGA